AUGUUGCGACUAGAAGAUUUCAUAAAAUAUGCUGUGGCCUUUGCUGUACUUUGGAUUACAUGCUGGUACUUAGUGUACGUAAUAACAGGAUUCCACCUUCAGACAGUUUCUGCGUAUAAUGGAAUACUGCUCGGAAAUGUUUCCUUCAAUGCCUCUAAGAUACAUAUAGUGAUAGGUAGAAUCCGGCUUCGUCUAUGGGGUAAUUCGAGGAGGCUAAUUAUCGAGGACUUCCAAUUAAUUGUCAAAAAAGUCUCUGGAAAUAAGAAGAAGUCUAAGAGUAUUAAAAAACCCAGGAAUGAAACUGAAGCACAAGACAAUACCUUGAACGUACUACCUGGAAAUUGGCUAGUUAAAUUCAUAGUCAAGUUUGUUUUGAGAAGGCUCUCAUUCCUUGACAUCGAAAUCCGAAACUUCCUGGUCAGUGACCACCAGAACAGAGGAGAACUGAAUGUUGAUUACAUUAGAUUUACUUCAAAAUCAAGGCCGUCAGAAAGAUACAAUGACACUAUUAAAUUCUUUGGUCAAAUUAUUCUUAACAAUGUAACCAGUGGCCCCACUGCAGGUGAUGAAAUGGAGAAGAAUUCUCACAUAGGUCAUCCAUAUCCAGUAUCUGCGGAUACCGUCAAGCUUGAAGUGAAUGCGCAAAUCGACUUAUCUUCUGGUUUACUAUACAAAAUUAAAACUAAGGUCUUUACAGACCACUUCAAAAUUAGAGUUUUUGGACUAUUGAAGAAACUUGACGAAUUUCUCGACAGAGCCGAAGCUGGAAAGGAAGAUACCAAACAAAAUGUAUCAGAAAGUACUCAGCCAAAUGAUGCCGAGCUUAUAAAUAAAUUGCAAAGGAUUCACAAGAGGCUCUAUCCCUCAAUUGAUGAAGUGGCUUUCCAUGUAGAGAACACCUCAUUUGAUGAGAUACCAUUAAUUGACUCUACAAAAGAUGAUACCAUAAAAGACUAUAUGAAGAACCACUCUAAGCCAAACUUGACUUUAGAACUCAAGAUCAAAUCCAUCUCGAUAAAUUAUCUGAGGUUGAAUCACGAGUCUCCAGGGUUUCAAGUACUAUUCCAUCCAAUAAAGGAUACGCCAUUCCACAUUACUUUUGCUGUACAAUUACUAACAAUCAACUACACAAACUUGCUAGUUUUGGAAGAUUUAAAUAGGGAAGUCAAGAAUACAGACGAAAUAAUGAACAUCCCUUUGUUUGGAUUCACUUUCAAAUCGAACUUUUUGGAUCAUCUUGCUAGAGGCGAUGGAUUUGAAAAUUGUGUCAUGGAAUUAUUCAGUUCAACAAGUAGCCCUAUAUUGGACUUAGAAACUGAUCAGUUGACUUCUAUUAUUUACAAUAUCGUGAUGUUCUAUAAGUAUGCUUUGUUGUCAAGAAGAAGAAGGGAUAAAUCUAACAGCACUUCUGAUUCAGAAUUUAACGUUGACGACCAAGCUGACCUUACAUAUAAUUCUGAACCUCUUUCUGAAAAGACACAGUCUAGACACAAACAAUUUUCAAUAAAAAAAAGGUUGUUGAAGCUAUUGCACGAUACAUAUCCGAAAUUGGAAUUCAAAAUAACGUUAGAACAGCCAAGGUUUAUUAUUAGACACAAUAAGUCUAAGGAAUCUGUAAAGUUGUUGAAUUUCCUGUAUUCAUUUUUAAAUAUGCACAUAAUCACAACUUCAGACAGAGAAUAUGAUGUGAAUUGUAACUUUUUGCACCCGGCAAUAGAAUAUGUUGAAAAGACAAUACUUAAAGAAUCAAAAAAAGUGGACAUUCAAAGCGAAAUAUUUGGAAUCAAAUCUAUUGAUCUUAGAUUAGACGUCUUCAGAAACUUUAAGAUUAAACCUAAUUUAAAGCUAGAAGAGUUAACAAUAAACUUAGGUAAUUUGGAUGUACUCUGUGGAAUCAGUAAUUUAUUACAAGAAGUUGCAGUUAUGAUAGAUUGUGAUAUAUCUAAGGGAUUACUAAAUUUGAAAUUAAAUCAGUUAUUGUUAAAUGAAAGUUCAAAAAUAAAGAAGGUCGCUGCUGGCAAAGAUGAAAACUCAAAGCAAUUAUUUGCCAGGCUACCAUAUUGGCUUCUUGAAAUAAGCAUUUCCGUUUCAAAUAUUUUAAUAAGUAUUGGAUCGCGCUCUUUAUUCAUAUUACCAGGAGAAUUAAGGAAUACUACUUCCAAUAUGGAUGACUUCAUCGGCAAUAACAAUGAGCUUAGGAAAACUCAGUUUUCAUUGGAAAGUUUCACCAUUCUCCUUACCAACCAAGUGGUAACUCAAGAUUAUAAUGUUAAAUCUAAAGGACCACAAGCACUGGCGCUUGCUCGUAGAACACUGAGCAUGGCGUUUAACAAUACCAAUCACACAACCGCAUCAGGUGUAUCGCUCUGGGGAGUACUGAUAAAGACACUGAAUUUGAAUAUGUCUGUUCUUCACUCCAAAGAUCAAACGAGCUCUUUCCUUUCUAUUCCCUCUAUGGAUUUUACCUUUUUCGCUAAGAGUAUGCCUGAAGGACAAGAUUACAUGAUUUUUCAGAAUGCCAUUCAGAACAUUCAGGCUGAAUCCAAUCGUUAUGAUUUCUUUGUUAUUCUUGGUAGUGUAUACCUAGUCAGAGAAUUCAUAAUCCAGCCAAUAAAGCAAAUUAAAGAAAGGUUGUCGAGAGACAAGUCAAAGCUAUCAAAUAUAGAGACAGUAGGAAACAGGUCAAGACUCAAUACAGAGAAACUAGCGUUGUUAGAGGCUGUUAAAAUGGAUUCGCUGAUUUCUAAUCUUGAAUUGAAAAUGCUGCUUAGUGAUGAUUUUGAUAUGAAAUUACAGUUUUUUAACUUGAAUUUGAACCUUGUAAAUGGACUUUUUGGUAUUAAAAGUAAACUAAUAAGAGUAUUGGUUGAUUCGCCAACAUUGGAUGGCAUGUGGGCCAGGGUGCUCGUGGUAGAUUCUAUUGCUGCUAAGUUUAACCCUAAACACUUGAAUGCUAAAUCUGCAGAAAAGUUUUUAGUUGAUAUAGAAUGUGAUGCAGUAAGGGCAAUACAAUGCCAUCAGUUUGUUGUAUACAAUUUAUUUGAUAAUUUGUCAAUCAAUAUAAAAACCUUGAAGCACUUAGUCAAAUCAAUUAACAACAACGUCAAUGAGGACUCUAAAAUAGUUGAACCCAAUGAAUCAAAAGCAUUGAAGGUUCCUUCAAUUCGCUUGAAAACAAAAAAGAUAUGUUUCAGCAUGGAAGAUGAUCCGUUUGAAAGUGAGCUAACUAUGAUCUACCAAUUGGGAUUAGUUGAACAAAGAAAAAGGCUUGAAGAAUAUUAUUUAUUUGAAAAUCAGGCAGAGGUUAAGGAUAUUUCUAUAAAUGAUUAUUACAGCAAAUUGAACACUCUUCAGGAAGAAAUUUCUAGAUCUUGGAUUAGAAAAGUUAAAGUGUACAAGGCGAAGCUCAAUGAUGAAAUAUUGCAGAAUAAGAAGUACAUCUUUGGAAGCGAAGCCUCAAUUCCGAGUGAAUUGAAUCAAGGUAUAGUUGCAUACUUAUCACAAGCUCCAUUAUUUUCGAUUAUCAUUGAAAAUGUAAACUUAAAAGUUCAAUCUCCGAAAUUUGAUUUCAAUGAUUUAUCAGAUUUUAUUUAUAAAAUUGGCCAGCAAGUACCCAAAGACACUAUAUACUCACUUAUGCUUCCAUCAUAUGUCGAUCUAGAAGUUGGUGAACUUAGAAUUCAUUUGAGAGACUAUCCAUUGCCUUUGCUACAUGUUCCUGGAAAUCGUGAUAAUUCUCCCAGUUUAACCAUGGCCGGCCAUUUAAUAAUUUCCGAAAAUUUGGUAACAGCUAAGGAGAAUAUAAGAGAGUUAAUUAUUCCUUUAAUUCAUGGUCUCAACUCUCUGGACGAUGAUAAUCCUGAGACGCUUGGUCUGCAUAAAAUGAUAAUUCAAAGAUCGUUAUCCACCGUAAAGCUCUACUCGGAUAUUGAGUUUGAAUUCCUGACUGAAUAUUCGACGAGAUUCGUUUGGGGUCAAUCUUUCCAAUUUGCUUUACAGCAAACUAUCAUGAACUUUGAUCAAUUCUCUAAGCCGCCUGUUGAUCCUCUGGAAAAGCUUGGUACCUGGGAUAAACUCCGUUUGAUAAUUCAUGGAAAUUUCAAAAUAAGAGUAGCGGAUAAAGGUGAUUUACAGAUUGCAAUAAAGGGGUCUAGAGAUCCUUAUAAUCUAUUUGGCACCUCUUCGGGAUUUGUCCUUGGUUUCAAAGAUUCAGUAGAGUGGAAAAUUAACGAGCAUGAUGAUCCAAAGCUGUUUUUCGAAAUCAUUGCUGACAAGGUAUUCUUUUUCGUACCCAAUUAUUUGGCUGCACCAUUAUUAGCUUGGACAAGGCAUAGCUCCAAGUCAACAUACUUACCUGCGGCUGAAAAUUUUAUUUCUUCUACGUUUGCCUAUUAUUUAGAAACAAUUCCAAUGGGAAAUGAACAGGCUAAAAAAGAUAUCAUGGAGCCUUCUAAGUUGAAAAGGGAAGUACUUGAGAAAGUUGUUCUUAAGUUGAAUGGGGGAGUUAAUUUCAAGGUUGGAUUCCUUUUACAAAGAGAUGAUAUCAACAAUAGGGGAUCUAAAACCUAUAACUCAGUACCCCAUUAUGAAGUUGAAUUAUUUAACCCUAAAUUUACAGAGAAGGGCCAUGAUUCUUUCAAGGGGUUCAGAAGUGAUUAUAUCCAUAUGGCAAUUUCUUUAACCUCUAAUAAUGCUGAGUGUAAAAAUUCCAUUCAUCUUAGUCCUGGUGUGUUCAAGCAGCUUUUUGCUUGGUGGGUGUUAUUCGCUGGUAAUAUGAUGUUACCAGUUAGAACUGGUCCCUUAUUUGGAGAAACAAUGGAGAGCAAGAAGUUUUCACAGCAUUUAACAACUAACAAAUUUUUGUUUAAGUUUAGAUCUGUAUUCCUUUCUCAUAUCUAUAGAGAUGAAACUGUUGAUGUAGAGGACGAAAAGAUAGAAUGUAUUGGUGUUAGAGCAAAGAUGGAAGACUUUGUUCUCGAUUUGCAUCAGAGGAAAGAAACGAAGUAUCUUGUUCAUGAAGGCUUGAAGGGGAAGAAAAAGACAAAGAAAAUGAAUUUCAACAUAGGCCAAUCUCACUUAAGAGGAAUAGACUUGAGAACCGUUUAUGGUGUAUUCAAGCAAGAUAUAUAUGAACUGCAACUCCAAGGUGUAAGGUCAGAUAAGAAGAGCAAAGAAACUCCUUCGAAGUUUAUUUCUUAUGAUAACGAUACAUCUUGGUUCGAUAUUGAUGACUACGAGGAAGUAUUUAUCCCUAGUUUGGGCCACAGUAAAAGAGUCAUAAAGGUAUAUCCUUUGAGUUACAUUGAAUGUUUCUCAUACAUAAGAGAUACGAGUAAAAAAGAAGGACUAGCAAGAAAAGAUCUUGAAGGUAACAUUGACGUUGACAAUGACAAAGAGCAUGAUAAUGAUGACGAUGAUGAUGAUGAUACUUUAGGUUUGGAGAAUAGUCAUGAAUGCCUGUUGAAUUCUCAGGAUAUGUUUUCUUCACUUAUUGAUCUUUAUAAAAAAAGGAUUGGUGUAUUGAAAGUUGAGUUGAAAAAGAAGGCAAACGAGGGGAAGUCUACUAAAGAAUUGAUGAAAAGAAUCCACUCAUUGAAGGAUAACAUACUUGAAUAUGAAAAGCGUGAAUCGCGUCCUGAUACAAAGUUGGAAAAGACAGAGUCAUCAAUUCCAAAUGGCCAUAACUCUGAAAAUAAUAUUGAUCAUGUUGAGCCUAGCGUCUCUCCACGAAGUAAGAAUGGAGAUAUGUACGAAGAAAAUUCAAGCUGGGAUUGUGACCAAGAAGAGCAUGACAAAGAUGAAUUGAACUCUUUCCAUAAUAGGUUUUUGCUUAUAAGUAUGUUAUUGAAGUGGAAUGUGGAUAAUAGAAACCUUCUCCUUAAAUAUAUCCAAUCGGUUCAAUGGAAGAGUGCUAUUAGUAAUUAUUUGAGCUACGAGGCAAUUUCAACUCUUGAAGAUAUAAUUGAAAAGAGAGCUGAGAAUUUUAAUGCAAAUGAUUUAGCUACAAUUAGAACCGAGUUGUCAGGGUCCAAGAAAGAUCUUGUCAAGCGUGGCAAAGGAUUUCAAAAGCCAGAAAAGGUACCAAAGGAUAACUCGGAAAGCCGUUUGAAAAAAUUUGACAGUAUAUUACAAAAGAUUGAUGGGGGAGGGAAGACGAUUACUGAAGAUUAUGUGAUAGAAGUAAUAUCCCCUCAGAUUCAGUUGCAAAGUCAUGAAACUCCUGAUUCGGUAUUGUUAAUAACUGCUCCAAAAAUUGAGGCAAAGAUAGUUUCUGUAGUGGAGCUGAGUAACCUAAUGGUUGAAAAUUUUAAUGUAUUGGAAGAGAGAUUUGGAGUAUUGAUGAAAGAUGCGAACGUUUUUAUCUUGGAUAGAGAGGAGAUUAAAUCCGAUAAUUCUAUUUUAAAUAAACUGGCGUAUGGAUCAACGGAGAACUGGCCACCAUGGUUAGGUAUUGAAAUCUGCAAAAAUGGAUACUUGGCAGGAAAGGGUAAUUUUAUAGUUGAGAAGAUUUCUUCAAUGGUAAUUUACGAAAGAAUUAAGCCUUUGGGUAAAGGAGACGAUGAUCCUGGAGGAAGAAAUGAAGAAGAAACACUGGACGACAAAGACGAUUCUGCCACUAGCAAAAAAAGCAGUAGUGAACUAACUGGUAGCGAUGGAGAACGAUCUAGUGUGAACACUAAAUUGCUGAUCGAUGUCCCAAAGUUAUCCGUUACUUCGACAGCCAAGCAGUACGCUACAUUGUACUCUAUUGUUACAACAUUACUAUUGUACACGGAGCCCACGAAUGAGCAUUUAUCAAGAAAGUUGGAGAAAUUAAGAUUUUCUAUUGAUUUUCAAGAUUUGAAUGCAAUAAAUUCAAGAUUGAUAAACUUACACAAGUAUUAUCGUUUAGUUGCAAUGUUGUGCAAUAAUUACCAAUUCAGACAGCACUUGCUAGACAAUGAAAAUUUGAAUGAUUAUUUGACACUUAAUAUGGAGAAGGAUCAAAUAGCGAUUGAGAUAUACUUAAUGUUGCAGUCAAUAUUAUCUGGCGAUGUUCAAACAUCAAAUGAUAGUUCCACCAAUGCAGUUUCAAACUGGAUAGUUGGUGCAGAUCAAAUAAUAUUCCAUUUACUCCAAGAUGAUCGAACUCCUAUAUUAGACGUUGCAAUGGCACGUGGUAGAUGUAAGAGAACUAUAAACGAAGAUGGCUCGAACUCAAAUAGGAUUGAGAUCUAUAUGAUGCAGAUUUUCAAUUUAUUAAAGACUGCUAAAUAUCCACAACUAUUUGGCCCUCUUAAGCAAGCCGAUACUAAAGGUGAUAUAGUCACUGUUGAUUGGAAAAUGAAUAGAGAAGUAGGAGGAAUCAAAUUUAUCGAAAAAUUCGUUGUUAAUACAAAACCGUUGGAAAUCAAGAUUGAUGAUAUCACGGGAGAAGUACUAAUGAAGUAUAUUUUCCAAACAGAGGAAAUUAAUGACAGUCCUUUACUAAAGGGAGGAAAGAAGAACAACAAACUUGAAGAGGUCAGCGACAAUGAGACCGAUGUUGGAUCUGAAUCUGAUAUAAACAGCUUUGAUGAAAGCUCGCUUGAUUUCUUCAGUCGUCACAAUAGUUCAAAGGAAUCCCUUACGAGACAUGGGGGUGCUGAUAUUACAAAUGUGUACAAUUUUGGAGGAAAAACAGGCAAAGGAACAUCCAAGACGAUCUCUUCCUCAGGGUCAGGGUCAGGGUCUGGUUCUGGUUCCGGUACAGCUUCAGCUUCUGGUUCUGGUUCCGGUUCUGGUUCCGGUUCUGGGUUAGGGUUUGGGUCCAAAUCUAAAACGUUAGAUGAUCCCUCAUCAUCGGACUGGGGAAUUUCAACUGGCGAAAAGUACGAAAACGACGUUGACGAGAUGGUUACAAGGGCCAAGAAUUUCAUGAGUAUUGGAAACUUCAACAUUAAUUCGACGUCCGUACUGAUAUCUAUUAAAUGUUCUAAUGGAUACAUGAGGAUCUUAAAUGUUGAAAAUUUUGUUAUAACGCUUCCUGUAUUCCAGAUCCAGUCCCAGGUGGUUUCAGCACUUGAUAUCACUUUAAUGUUUAAGAAAACUGUCAUCAAGGCAUUACUUAGUCACAGUGGUAGGCUACUCAAGAACAAGCUUAGUGCAAGGAGGAGGAGGGGAAGAGAGAUUAUAAGGAAACCACUUAGACCCGUAAGAAGAUAUGUGGAAUUUACGAAAGCAGCGGAGCUUCGAGGCUCCGUCAAUUGA